ACUAUUCUCAUAAACUCUCACUAAAAACUUAACUUAAUUAAUUUAAAUCACCAUCAUGUUUCUGCUUCUUCUUAUCAAGAUUUUGAUAUUCGUAUUGCUAAUUUGCAUCCUCAAAUUUAUCCACUCAGUCAUAUGGGUCCCCUUAAGAAUUCAAUAUCAUUUCAAGAAGCAAGGCGUCAGAGGCCCUACCUACCGUCUGAUCUUCGGAAACUCAGCAGAGAUCCGCCGUUUAUACGCCGAGGGAAAAUCGAAGUCAACGUCUUCGUCGUCGUUCAAUCAUGAUGUGGUCGAUCGUGUACUUCCAUUUUACUACAAAUGGUCGAGCAUGUAUGGGAAGACAUUUGUUUACUGGUUUGGUUGGAGGCCGAGGCUGGCUUUGUUCGAACCGGACAUGAUUAAGGAUGUCUUAAUGAACUCAGGUGGCUCUUUUCGUCGAGUAACGCAGAACCCUCAAGCUAAGUUGCUGUUUGGUGAAGGACUAUUGGGGCUUGACGGUGCCAAAUGGGCCCUUCACCGAAGAAUUGCGAACCAGGCUUUUAAUAUGGAGCGGGUUAAGGCUUGGGUGCCAGUGAUUGUGACUAGCACGAUGAAGACGAUAAGGAAAUGGGAAGAAAUAAUGGGAGACAGAGAUGAGUUCGAGAUGGAAGUGAAUAAAGAACUUCACGAACUAUCAGCAGAUGUUAUAUCAAGAACUGCAUUUGGUAGCAAUUUUGAACAAGGCAAAAAUAUAUUUUCCUUACAAGAACAACAAAUGAACCUUUUUUCUCAGGCUGUUAGAAGUAUCUACAUUCCUGGCUUUAGGUUUUUGCCUACUAAGAAGAACAGAGAAAGGUGGAGACUAAACGAGGAAACUCGUGAAGCUAUAAGGACUUUGAUAAGAGCUAACACUAGAGAAAAAGAAAAUUCAAGAAACCUACUCAGUUUGCUAAUGUCUUCCUAUAAAAAUCAAGACGGGGAAGAAGAAAGAUUAUCGGAAGAGGAUAUUAUAGAUGAAUGCAAAACAUUUUACUUUGCUGGAAAAGAAACUACUGCUAGUCUCUUGACUUGGGCACUUCUCCUUUUGGCAUUACAUCAAGAAUGGCAAGACAAGGCACGCGAAGAAGUUUCUAGAAUCUUCGGAAGGAACGAAUUCCCACUUGCAGAAAACCUGAGUGAGCUUAAGAUUGUGAGCUUGAUAAUCAAUGAAACUCUUCGGCUCUAUCCACCAGCUGUGAUGUUAAUGAGGCAAGUAGGUAAUAAAAGGGUUAAGCUCGGAAAUCUUGAGAUUCCUGCAGGAACGCAGCUCUAUUUGCCAUUAAUGGCUAUACAACAUGAUCCUGAUAUAUGGGGAGAAGAUGCUAAUGAGUUCAAUCCCUUUAGAUUUAAAGAGUCUCAAAAUCGAAAGCACCUGGCAUUAUUUUUUCCUUUCGGGAUAGGCCCCAGAAUAUGUGCUGGUCAAAAUUUAGCCGUUGUUGAAGCCAAAAUUAUGUUAGCUAUGAUCAUCAGACAGUUUUGUUUCCGAUUAUCGCCAACGUAUGUUCAUGCUCCGAUGCUAUUCAUAAGCUUGAUGCCUCAACACGGUGCGCAAAUCAUCUUUAGCAGAAUUUCAACUUGAAGUUUACUUACUGUGAAAACAUUUUUUUGUUAAUUAAAAAAGAACUCAAUAAUUGUAAGGAAUCUUGUAUUAUUAAAUAAUUUAUCGAAGUUCUCAUGGUUAGGUA